GAUUAUUGCUCCACAGCGCGUAUUACGUUCUUCUGCAGGUUCGUUAUGGGUGUUUUCAGAACUGUAUCGUCUGAAUAAUCAUCAAGCAUAUGGUGACAAAUUAGUAAUUGAAUCCAUUCGUCUGGUUUUUAUUAUUUCCUGAAUUAUGCUAUCCACGAAAAAUUUGUCAAGGCGCAAAUUGCUUUUCUUGGGAUUGUAUUUUGUGUUCAUUGUGACAAAAAUUGGUUCACGUUAUUUCCGUGCAGCUAGUUCAAGCUCCCUGAACUAUGAAAAGCAUUUAUUAAAUCCAACCGUAACUUUUGAUUCAUCAGUUGACCAAAAUGGCGAAAGAGGUUCUUGGAUGAACAGGAAGUUGUUGGGAAUACAAGUUGUGCGUCCACACCCAUCGUUAAAUUGUACGCCUUUAGCAAUCGAAAAUUUUCCACGGGACAUUUUUACGCAGUCCCAAAGGCAAUAUGGAGCCGUUAUAAUCCAUCUGGUUGUCUCAAUUUAUAUGUUCAUUGGUCUGGCAUUACUUUGUGAUGACUACUUCAUUCCUUGUCUGGAGAGAAUUUGUAAAGUAUUGCACCUUCAGCCUGAUGUCGCUGGAGCAACGUUUAUGGCUGCUGGAAGUUCUGCUCCCGAGUUGGCAACUACCUUGGUUGGAGUAUUUAUUGCAAAAGAUGAUAUCGGCCUUGGAGCUGUUGUGGGUUCUGCUGACUUCAACAUAAUGUUGGUUGUCAGUGUUAGUGCGCUAUUCGCAAAACAGGUGAUUUAUCUUAAUUGGUGGCCAUUAGUACGUGAUUCCGCUGUUUAUCUGUUAUCUAUCAUACUCUUGGCAUUAGUUAUUUAUGACGAAUUAGUCUAUUGGUAUGAAUCAGGAAUACUUAUUAUUGUCUAUGGAUUAUAUGUAUUAUUAAUGUAUUAUAAUCCACGUAUUGAUGCAUUUUGGCGUGUUUGGUGUCGUGAACAUCCAACAUUUUGUCCACGUGCAAUCCAUGCAGAUCAAGGAAUCCCUGAUCAGAUUCAACAACACAGUGACUAUACAACAGAGAAAUUUGAAAUUAUUACUGGCGGUAUGGUCGACCAACAACCACAUUGUGACACUAACACUGGCAAAUUAGAUGAUGUUGAAACACAAGUUCGUUCAGGUGAUUCUAUUGAAUCAUGGUUUGAUACUUGUUUUGCACCGCUCAAAUUACCUAGUCGUGAAGGUGUACGCGGUAAAAUACGUUAUGCAUUUUGUGCAUUUUUAUGGCCAUUACGUUGUGCUUUAUGCUUAACUAUACCAGAUGUACGUAAAACAAGGUGGCAACAAAUACCAGCUUCUCAUUGGCUAUCUUUUUUGAUGUGUUGUUUUUGGAUUGGUAUAUUCACUGUGAUCAUGAUGUGGAUGAUUACAGUAAUUGGUGUUACACUUCAUAUACCAGAUACUGUAAUGGGAUUAACAUUUAUUGCAGCUGGUUCUAGUGUACCAGAUGCAAUUGCUUCAGUAAUUGUUGUUCGUGAAGGUGAAGGUGAUAUGGCUGUAUCAAAUGCUGUAGGAAGUAAUGUAUUUGACAUAUUAAUUUGUAUGGGAUUACCAUGGUUAAUGAAAUCAAUAAUUUCUCAAUCACCGAUUAUCAUCUAUUCUAGAGGUUUACUAUAUUCAACAUUAACCUUAUUCUCAACCGUGAUUUAUCUUUUAAUGGCAACCCAUAUCAAUCGUUGGCGUUUAACUAAAACUUAUGGUUAUGCAUUAUUGAUUGGUUAUAUAAUUGUACUUGUAUUUUGUAGUUUAUAUGAAUUAAAUUAUUUUGGGACAGUUCAUUUACCAUCAUGUCCACUAAAUGAAUGAAUGUGAACUAUCCAUCCAUCCAUCCAUACACACACACACACACUCACAUAUGCAUAUAUAUACCCAUAUCAUAUUUAAGGUUAUCUACAUAGACGACAUUUCCUCAAAUGAAUAUAUGAGACGCUUUAUACUACUAUUACCAUGAUUAUUAGUAGUAGUUUAUUGUUUUGAAUUUUAUUUCAUUCUCUCAUGUUUUGUUUUUCCUCAUUUGUCUACUUAAUUACAAAUAUAGUAGUAUAAUAAUCAAGAGUUAUGUUUUACUCUGUUUCCGCAUUUUGUUGAAUGCUAUCCUUUUAUUCAAUAAUGAAUUAUUAUCCCAAAGAAAAACUCUAUAAUGCAUAAUCAAAUUGUUCUUUUAUUUAUUUGUAAACAUAAACAUUUAGUAACCAUCCUUAUUUUAAUUGUCGAUUAAACUUUUGUCAAACAUUCUGUUGUCAAUGGUCCCUUUGCUUUUCUUCUAUUUCUCGCCAGCUUUCUCUCCCUAUGUCUGUUAUUGUAUUGAGGUUAACUAUGGUCAUUGUCAUGUUAUUAUUAUUGAUUUUUCAGUUGCUUUUUUUUAAUAUUUAUUUCAAAAAGCAUUUUAAUUGGGAUUUUUACUUUAUCAAAUGUUAUGGGUCGAAAUAUAUAUACUUUUUUCUAUGGUAUAUGAUUUACUUAUUUGUUACUUGGGAUUAAUCUAACUAAACAGAGGGGAAAUUUAAGCGGUGGGAAUUGGUUAGUGGAGUAUAGAUCGUCCACCCGAACUCUCUAUCCAACCUUGUCCUGAACAGUCGUUUACAUAUCUGCUUCCAUUUCCCGACGUAGUGUGUUAUUUGGUUUUCCUCUUAUCUGUUUCGUUUCAAGAUUCUAAGUUAGUGCAUACCUCGUGAUUUCCUUGAUGUAUGUCCUAUGCACUUCGAACGUCUUUUCCUAGUUUCCUCUUUAGCUGGAACGUGGUUUGUCCUUUCCCACAGUAGGCUGUUGCCGAUGGUAUCUGGAAAACGGAUAUUGAGUAUCUUGUAUGAACGAUUGCCUAUAAAUACUUGUACCUUCUUGAUAAUGGUUGUGGUAAUUCUCUACGUUUCACCUCCGUACAGUAAGGCUGUCUCGACGUUUGUAUUGAAGAUUCUCACUUUGAUAUUGGUUGACAGUUGUUUUGAAUUCUAUAUGUUCUUCAACUGUAGGGACGCUGUGUUUGUUUUCCCAAUCCUCGCCUUUACGUCUACAUCCGAUCCUCCUUGUUCAUUAAUCAUGCUUGAGAUAAGAUGGUGGUCAACAGGAUCGAAUUCGUCAGGGAGCA